AUGGAGUUUCGAAUCUUCACUCUCUUGUCCUUAUCCAUCAUUUUUGUCUUCCACUCGCUCGCGACCGCUCUCCCGGCAGCACACCAUGUCGAAGCCAAGGACCUCAGUGACGAAAAUUCAGUCUCGGUCUUCGCUAUAGGCGCUUCAACUUUCUCAACGCCACCUACCUUUGAAUCACUCUGUCCCAUUGAGGAGUCUUGCACCAUGGCAACGAUCAGCGGAGUGAAUAGCUGGUCCAACGUCGGUACCACGACUAAUCUCUUGACCGUUGUGACUCCCGAAGCCUGGAACCUUUCAACUUUCUCCGAAAUCUCACCUAUUUGGAGUUCCGGAUCUCCUCUCACCCUUAGUAGCCUUGCUGCCGGUUCAGGAUUCACUGCUAGGAUCACUCCAUCGAGCACACCGACUAGCACGAUAGCCACACCUGCUACCCCUGCGUUUACAGGCGUAAACUUGACUUCAACCACCAGCACGGUUUUUGUCUACCCCAGUAAAACGACUGCUGGUGCAGUCGCAUACUCAACCAGCAUUUCGAGAGCUGUGGCUACGACAUUGGUUGCUGGGUUGGGCAGUUUGCUCGGAGUUGCGUUAGGGGCUGUUGCUCUUCUAUGA